AUGUCGUUGGUGAGGACGGAGAUCGCAACUGUGAGGAACGAUAUUGGGGAUUUACGAGAUUCCGUGACAUUUUGCUCGAAUAAAAUAACAGAUUUUGAAAGUAAAAUGGUUAGGCUCAAUGAAGUCUUGAAAUUUGCAAAAGAGAUAAAAGAAGAAAAUGAUUUGCUGAAGAGAGAAUUAUCCGAGCUGCAUUUUAGAUUGGACAGGGUUGAGCAGGAUGCAAGAUUGAACAAUGUGGAAAUUAUGGAUAUACCCAAAAAGAAGGACGAAAAUUUGUACGAUGUUCUUGGAAAAAUAGGAGAGUAUGUUGGCAUGCCCUUAGAACCGAAUGUAUUGUCAUCGAUAACCCGAGUGCCUACGAAAAUUGUCGGCAAGCCAAGAAACGUUGUGGUGAAGUUCAUCUCCAGGGCAAAAAAAGAUGAAAUGAUGUCUGCAGUUAAGGUGAAGCGAAUGUAA